AUGCAUCGAUUGGAUUGUAUUACUGAACUGCUGAGCUAUGGUCAUAAUAUUGGUUUAAUUUUGGCAUAUGGAAUUAUGGAAGUUGCAAUGUUUUGGCAACGCAAUAAUCUAAAGGAAAUUUUAAGAGAAAUCGAUGAAAUGGAAAAUGAACUAUUUAAUGAAAUUAACCAACAAAAUGGAUCCAAAAAAUUCCAAUUAUUUUACAUAACUGGUAUUUGGUUAAUAUUUUCAUCGGUAAAUUUCUCUUACCUAACCUAUUUCUUAACCGGUGCCGAAGUUAUGCCCAUAUGCUAUAAAUGUAUUAUAUCCCUAUAUGUGGUUGCCAUUGAAAUGAAAUAUUUGGAAUAUCGUUUGUAUGUACAAAUUAUAUGCCAUUUAAUGGAGGGCAUAUGCAUUGCAUUGGAAAGGAUAAAAUCUCAGAUGGAACAAUUUCGAAGACCAGAACAUGGACGUUUGCCAUAUUUUAUGAUCCAACAAUUGUUACGAAAUCAACAGCUGUUGAAUAGGUUAUGGCUUGUGGUGUAUAAAGUGAAUGUGUAUUUUGCAUUGCCACUUGCAUUGGUAUGCUGUCAAAAUGGCAUUGCCAUAUUGUUUACGGUGAAUUGGGCAUAUGUUCGUAGUUUGUUUGAACAUGGCGAGACUAAUCAAAUAUUUCGUUUUGUUUACAUAAUUUUGUUGCUGUUAAACAUAGUUUACAUUUGUAAUUAUACGGAAAAAUGUAUGAAAAAGUAUCAUUCUUUGUCAACUGUAUUAAACAAUUUCAAAUUACAUCCGCAAGAUGUUGAGGUUAGGAUGCACUUGCGGGAAUACUCUUUACAAUUGAUGCAUCAGAAGUUGAAGUUUACUUGUAAUUAUUUUUUGGAUAUUGAUUACAAGACACUGGGAAAGAUUAUCCUGGCUGUUACAUCCUUUAUGAUCAUAUUAAUACAAUUCAAAAUGACAAAUGGCACAACAGGUGCCAUAGUUGCCACACAGAGAAUAUUUGGCUUUGGCAAAUUGAAAUUGUAA